CACUCCUCACUCACUCACUCAAUAUGAUAAGCGGCGACGACCUCUAUAGCGUGAUGUGCGCCAUGGUCCCGCUCUACUCCGCAAUGCUGGUCGCCUAUGCCUCGGUCAAGUGGUGGAAGAUGUUCACCCCCGAGCAGUGCUCGGGUGUGAACCGCUUCGUGGCCGUCUUCGCGGUCCCCGUCCUCUCCUUCCACUUCAUCGCCCACAACAACCCCUACCAAAUGGACGCCAAGUUCAUACUCGCUGACACGCUCUCGAAGGCCUUCGUCCUCGCGCUUCUCUCGGCUUGGUGCCUCCUCCUCGGGGGCCGGCUCGAGUGGCUCAUCACGCUGUUUUCGGUCUCGACUCUGCCCAACACUUUGGUGAUGGGAAUCCCUUUGCUUAAAGCCAUGUAUGGGGAGUUCACGCAGACAUUGAUGGUCCAGCUUGUUGUUCUCCAAUGCAUUAUUUGGUACACCCUACUCCUCUUCCUCUUCGAGUACCGGGCCGCAAAGAUCCUAAUCCAAACCCAAUUCCCGGGCCAAACCGCCGCUGCGAUAACCCGAUUCGAAAUCGACAACGACGUCAUCUCCCUCGACGGGCGGGACCCGCUCUGCACGGACUCGGAGAUCGACGACAACGGCCGCAUCCGCGUGAGGAUCCGACGGUCCACGUCGUCCGCGGCCCCGUCCUCCUCCGUGGGCCCCACGCCCAGGGCGUCGAACCUCUCCAACGCCGAGAUUUUUUCCAUCAACACGCCCCACGAGUUCGGGUUCGGGCUCCGGCCCGUCAGCCCGAGGCUGUCGGGCUACGCCUCGUCGGACGCCUACUCGCUGCAGCCCACUCCGAGGGCGUCUAACUUCAAUGAGUUUGAUAUCUCCGUCGCUGUCAGCCCGCCGACGGGGAAGGUGUUUCGGCAGGCGUCGCCGGCGGUGAAGAUGGUGUGGGAGUCGCCGUCGCCGGCGCCGGCGGAGGCGUAUGGAUUCAGCGGCGAUGUUUACGAAAAAGAUCUUAGCUUCAGAGACUGCGCAAAGAUCGAAAUGAGGGAGGGAGAUGCAACAACCAAUCAAGAGAUGCCACGUGCUCUGGUUAUGCUAAAACUAAUUUUGACUAUGGUUGGAAGGAAGCUUUCUCGUAAUCCAAAUACUUAUUCAAGUGUUUUAGGCCUAAUAUGGUCUCUAAUCUCUUUCAAAUGGAAUAUAGGGAUGCCAAGUGUGGUGAAAUACUCAAUCAAAAUCAUUUCUGAUGCUGGCCUUGGGAUGGCCAUGUUCAGCUUAGGAUUGUUCAUGGCACUUCAGCCUCGGAUAAUAGCUUGUGGGGCAAAAAUGGCGGCAAUAUCCAUGGCCAUUCGUUUCAUCGCCGGCCCCGUGGUGAUGUCGGCUGCAUCCGUAGCUGUGGGCCUUAGAGGCACGCAUCUUCACGCUGCGAUGGUUCAGGCAGCUCUGCCGCAAGGAAUUGUCCCAUUUGUAUUUGCACGAGAGUAUGGGUUACACCCUGACAUACUAAGCACUGGGGUCAUUUUUGGAAUGUUGGUCUCUUUGCCAGUAACCCUAUUAUAUUACAUACUGCUGGGCUUGUGAAGAGAAACGAUCAUAUUUUUGUCCUAACUAUGUAUGACUGCAUAUCUAAUUCGCAAAUACACAAAUGAUUUUCAAUUUAUACAUUAUGUGUGUAAUUUGGUACUAAUAAUUACAAAUUUAUAAUUCAUGUUUACAGCCAA